AUGUCUAAAAAGAGCUCGCGAAGAAGUUACGGUGGCGGCCAUCGAUCAACCCUCUCCCUGCAGAAGACCGAGAUAAUCAUCAAUGUCUACGAUCUGUUGCCUCCUGGCAGAUUGGCCACCGUACUUUGGACGGUAGGCGCGUCGCUUUUACACUCGGGGAUUGUUAUAAAUGGCAAGGAAUACGCAUAUGGAGGUCAUGAUAAGCGGGGCAUGACUGGCGUGUACUGGACAAGACCAAAAGCAGAACCUCCUGGUGGGACGUUCAAGUGCGAGAUCUUACACGGCUUCACGGUAUCUCCUCAGGAGGAGAUAGAAGCCAGAAUCAAAGAAGCGUCCGAGGAGUUCCAAGGAACCUCCUAUAACCUACUCACGAAAAAUUGCAAUCAUUUCACCGCGUAUCUCUGCGAGAAACUUACGGGUCGGCCUGGCCCUACGUGGCUGAACCGCGCGGCGAGUAUUGGAGUUGCUUUGCCUUGUGUGGUACCGAAGGAAUGGAUCGCGCCGCCGGAUUUCGAGACGGCAGAUGGGGAAUUGGUGGAUGAGGACGAACAUGACUCUUCGCAUGAGCGGUCUAGGAUGUUGAGGGACGCGGAUUCAAGCCAUCAGAGAUACAGUUUUGACGAUCGGGAGGGAGUAGCGGAAGAGGAUGAGUGGGACAGUGAAGAGGAGAGGAGGAGAGGCGGAAACGGUAAGGGGAAAGGAAGGGCGCCUGCGAGGGAUACAUCUGGAAGAAUUGUGCCUCCUUCAGAAAGGGCUCCCACCACCAAGACGAAGAGACGGCCUGAUUCGUCAACGUGA